CCAUGAUGGCGGCGGCCGCGGCGGCGGGGGGAGCCUCGGAGGUGAUCGCCCAGCUGGAGAACGCGGCCAAAGUGCUGAUGGCACCACCCUCCAUGGUCAAUAAUGAACAACGUCAGCAUGCUGAACACAUAUUUUUAUCAUUUAGAAAAUCAAAAUCGCCAUUUGCAGUUUGCAGACAUAUUUUAGAAACUAGUAAAGUGGACUAUGUCCUUUUUCAAGCCGCCACAGCGAUAAUGGAAGCAGUUGUACGAGAAUGGAUUCUGUUGGAAAAAAGCAGUAUAGAAUCACUACGAACAUUCCUUUUAACGUACGUCUUACAAAGGCCAAACCUCCAGAAAUAUGUGCGGGAACAGAUAUUGUUAGCAGUAGCAGUAAUAGUGAAACGAGGGUCUUUAGACAAGUCAAUUGAAUGCAAGAGCAUUUUUCAUGAAGUCAGCCAGUUGAUAAGCAGCGGCAAUCCCACAGUGCAAACUCUGGCCUGUUCCAUUUUAACUGCAUUGCUAAGCGAGUUCUCAAGUUCAAGUAAAACCAGCAACAUUGGACUAAGCAUGGAGUUCCACGGCAAUUGCAAACUAAUAUUUCAGGAGGAUGACCUCCGUCAGAUCUUCAUGCUCACAGUAGAGGUACUACAGGAAUUCAGCCGGCGUGAAAAUCUUAAUGCUCAGAUGUCUUCGGUCUUUCAACGUUACCUUGCACUAGCCAAUCAGGUCUUAAGCUGGAAUUUUCUUCCUCCAAAUUUAGGCAGACAUUAUAUAGCUAUGUUUGAAUCCUCACAAAAUGUGAUGUUAAAGCCAACAGAGUCCUGGCGGGAGACCCUCCUGGACAGCAGAGUUAUGGAGCUUUUCUUUACAGUGCAUCGAAAAAUUAGAGAAGACACCGAUAUGGCACAAGACUCUCUGCAGUGUUUAGCCCAGCUAGCGUCUCUUCAUGGGCCAGUCUUUCCAGACGAAAGCUCUCAAGUUGAUUAUUUGGCUCACUUCAUUGAGGGAUUGCUCAAUACUAUCAAUGGGAUUGAGAUAGAGGAUUCUGAAGCCGUGGGUAUAUCCAGCAUAAUCAGCAACUUGAUCACUGUAUUUCCUCGCAAUAUAUUAACCGCCAUUCCAAAUGAACUUUUUUCUUCAUUUGUUAACUGCCUCACACAUCUCACUUGCUCUUUUGGGAGGAGUGCUGCCUUGGAAGAAGUUCUUGACAAAGAUGACAUGGUAUAUAUGGAGGCAUAUGACAAGCUCUUGGAAUCCUGGCUUACCUUGGUACAAGAUGAUAAACAUUUCCAUAAAGGCUUCUUUACCCAGCAUGCUGUUCAGGUUUUUAAUUCUUACAUCCAGUGCCACUUAGCUGCUCCUGAUGGUACAAGGAAUUUGACUGCCAAUGGUGUGGCUUCCAGGGAGGAGGAGGAAAUAAGUGAGCUGCAGGAGGAUGACAGAGAACAAUUUUCUGAUCAGCUGGCCAGCAUAGGCAUGUUAGGAAGAAUUGCUGCUGAACACUGUAUACCUCUUCUUACCAGUUUGUUAGAAGACAGAGUGACGAGGCUUCAUGGCCAGUUACAAAGGCAUCAGCAGUUAAUUAGUUCAGCUGGAUCGGGCUCCAUUGACAAUAAAGUGCUUGAUGAUUUGUAUGAGGAUAUUCAUUGGCUUAUUCUAGUCACAGGCUACCUCUUAGCUAAUGAUACUCAGGGAGAGACUCCGCUAAUACCUCCAGAAAUAAUGGAGUAUUCCAUUAAGCAUUCAACUGAGGUUGACAUCAAUACAACGCUUCAAAUUCUUGGAUCUCCAGGAGAAAAGGCCUCUUCCAUUCCAGGGUACAACAGAACCGAUUCUGUUAUUAGGUUAUUGUCUUCUGUUCUAAGAGUUUCGGAAGUGGAGUCUCGAGCAAUAAGAGCAGAUCUUACGCACCUUCUGAGCCCGCAAAUGGGAAAAGAUAUUGUGUGGUUCCUUAAACGGUGGGCAAAAACCUAUCUCCUAGUAGAUGAAAAACUGUAUGACCAGAUCAGCCUGCCAUUCAACACAGCAUUCGGUGCUGAUACUGAGGGUGCCCAAUGGAUUGUGGGUUACCUUUUAGAAAAAGUAAUCAGCAACCUUGCAGUGUGGAGCUCUGAGCAGGACCUUGCCAAUGACACUGUGCAACUGCUAGUAACUUUAGUAGAAAGGAGAGAGAGGGCAAAUUUAGUGAUUCAGUGUGAAAACUGGUGGAACUUAGCAAAACAGUUUGCCAGACGGAAUCCCCCUCUUCACUUUCUAUCCAGUUCAGUGCAACGUACAUUAAUGAAAGCCUUAGUUCUUGGGGGUUUUGCUCAUAUGGAUGGAGAUACCAAACAGCAAUACUGGACAGAAGUUCUUCAGCCACUGCAGCAACGAUUCUUGAAUGUGAUAAACCAAGAAAACUUCCAACAGAUCUGCCAGGAGGAGGAGGUGAAACAGGAAAUCACUGCCACCCUAGAAGCACUUUGCGGUAUUGCUGAGGCUACCCAGAUAGACAAUGUAGCAAUUCUCUUUAAUUUUCUGAUGGACUUCCUGACAAAUUGCAUUGGACUAAUGGAGGUGUACAAGAAUACACCAGAGACUGUUAACCUCAUCAUUGAAGUUUUUGUUGAAGUUGCACAUAAACAAAUAUGCUAUCUUGGAGAGUCUAAAGCCAUGAAUUUGUAUGAAGCUUGUCUGACCCUACUUCAAGUAUAUUCCAAGAAUAAUUUAGGUAGACAACGAAUAGAUGUUACAGCAGAAGAGGACCAAUACCAGGAUCUUCUUCUCAUUAUGGAGCUUCUCACUAACCUACUUUCAAAAGAAUUUAUAGAUUUCAGUGACACAGAUGAAGUAUUUAGGGGGCAUGAACCUGGGCAAGCAACAAACAGAUCUGUAUCAGCAGCAGACGUUGUCUUAUAUGGAGUGAACCUAAUUCUGCCUUUAAUGUCCCAAGACUUGUUAAAAUUUCCAUCACUAUGUAAUCAGUACUACAAAUUAAUUACUUUUAUUUGUGAAAUAUUCCCUGAGAAAAUUCCACAGCUUCCAGAAGACUUGUUUAAAAGCCUUAUGUAUUCAUUAGAAUUAGGGAUGACAUCAAUGAGUUCAGAUGUUUGCCAGCUCUGCUUAGAAGCUCUGACACCAUUAGCAGAACAAUGUGCAAAAACCCAGGAGUCAGAGUCAUCCCUCUUUUUAGCAACAAGACACUUUCUUAAGAUGGUUUUUGAUAUGCUGGUACUGCAAAAGCACAAUACAGAGAUGACAGCUGCAGCAGGAGAAGCAUUUUAUACAUUAGUAUGUUUGCAUCAGGCAGAAUAUUCUGAACUAGUUGAAACAUUAUUAUCAAGUCAGCAAGAUCCCAUAAUUUACCAGCGGUUAGCAGAUGCUUUCAACAAGCUUACUGCAAGCAGCACUCCGCCUACGCUGGAUCGUAAGCAGAAGAUGACCUUCCUCAAAAGUUUAGAAGACUUUAUGUCAAAUGUUGGUGGUCUUCUGUGUGUAAAAUAAAUACCAGAACUGUAUGCCUAACUUAGACCCUUUUUGCAAAAUGCACUGAAAAAUGCUGAAAGCUGACUUAAUCUUAAAUGCCUGUUUCUGGGUUUUUUGCAGCCAUCUAAAAUUUCAGAGAGCCUGGAAGUUUUGAUAAAGAGUGGAAUAGGAGAUGUCAACUCUAAAAUCAGCUUCUGCUAAUAUGUGUUAGCCACAGUCUGUCAUAUACCUUUUAUGUUGUACAGAAUAAACAGAAAAACUGAAAUCUUUAAAAAAAAUUCCACAAGUGCAUACAGACAUGGGCACAGUAAAAAAACAAAAACAAGAACCAGUGCCUUGUCCCAGAUGGCCUCAAGUAGUGAUGAAUCAAACUCCUAUAAUAUUUUUUUGUUAUUGCUAGAAACCCUUUUGGUGUGUGAUUUAGACACAUACAGAACUGUAAAUCAAUUCUAAGCUUUAUUUUUUCUCUCUGAAAAUGGUGUGUGUAACCCAGUGAAGAAGAAAAUCACCAAAUGAUAUUUUUUAACUUGGAUUUAGUGUUUUUGUUUUGUUUUGUUUUGUUUUGCUUUUUUUUUUUACAUCAACCUGGCGUUGCAUGUUUGUGUAAUACAACUUUCUACAUUAUAUGCUGCUGCCCUAAAGUUCAGAAAGAAGAAAGGUGUAUAUUUUUGUUUCCCCUGAAAUGAACUUUAGGAACUGUAGCCAUUUCAUUGCCUUAAUUUAAAAAAAAUAGCUGAUAAAAGUUAGGUGAGUAAUCUAAGGCAAGCUUUGAGUCUUCAAAACUGGUUUAGAAUGUUGGCACUAAGCUGCCAUGUACCUAUUUGCAGCCCUUGUGUGUUGAGAGUAUUAUGUCUGUGAGUGUAAACAAAAAUUAAUGUGUACCUUUACUUUUAAUAUCUGUUGAGUCACACCCAGGUCAUACACAACUGCAGUGUAUUUCAAGACUGAACUGUUUGCUGAAGCAAUAAUGUUUCAAAUUAUGUAAAUUAUUGAUUUCUACAAUUUUUUUAUGUUGGGGCAUUAGAUUCAGUGGCUAGACUAUAUGAGCAUCAAACUCUUCUAGCCAAAGGUGCACAUGUUUGACUUCAUGAUUCAGAAUAUGGACCCAUGGUUUAAUAUUUUGCCACCAUUGUCAGAUUCACAGUGCUGUCUUCUGCUGCUCUGAUCCCACUUGUUUGGUGUGUUGGCACUUUAACUGUGUAAGAUUACCUGUAUGGUUUCAUCCUGCACUCACCAAAUAGGAGGUUGCCAUGGGAACAAAGUGGCAGGAACUAAAGAAUAUGGAAGCAGGAAGUUUAUUCAUAAUUGUAAGCCAAACUAAACCAACCCAACCGGAAUGCAUAUGCUGCUGAUUAAAAGUAACCUUUUUUUAAUGAAGGAAGGAGAUAAUUUGUCUCCAGAACCUUGUGCUUCAUACCUGCAAGAACUAUGCUAUUGGAUAUUUUCAAAUAAAUAUUUUUACAUUUUAUAUAGAGAUGUAGACCCUCACCUCAUCCUAGCAUCAUGUUUGCAAUUCCAUGCCAUUCUUGAGCUGUUCAUCUCAACAUUUAAUCACACUACCCAGAAUUAUUUAUAUAUGAUUUGAAAUCUUUAAUAUUAUGGAGUGUUAUAAGGGUCCAAAACUUCUUUAAUUCCUUCAUAUUAAGCCACGAUCAGAAAUCAAGGGAAAGAUGGGCUACGGUUUGCAGACCUUUCCUCUGAAUUGUAAUGUUUUCACAAAAUGAAGACUGGCUAGAGCAAGUUGUUUCCUUGAAUAAGUAAACAGAAAAAGAUUCACUAAAGAAUGGCUUAGUUCAGAGAUCAAUACCAAAUAAAGGCUUGGUCUUCAGGAACAUGCUGCGACCAAUGGCAUGCACCCGUUGUGCAUGGUUUAGUUUAGUAUGCAGUAGAGGCUGAGUUCAGCAAAUGAUGGUUAUUAUAGCCACUGAUUGGUCUCCUAACUAGUUUCAAAACGAAGCAUAUUCCUAACCAGCUAAUCCAUAAUUUGGCCAUGAUAUCUGAACUGAGCCUAAAGUUGUUCAAUUCUCAAUUAUAUUGUUCCAUCUGUUUCUGUUACUGUUAUUUGUAGAAUAAGGGAACUGUUUUGGGUUCUGAUUUGUUUAAAAAUUGGGUUGCACCUGUGGCUCCAAAACAGCUAUAUGUAUUUGAAUUAUGAUGAAUUCUACAUGUAUCUUUUUAAAUAAUUUGUUAACAUUUAAGCUAAACCAAUAGCUUUCAAAAUUUUACUCAUGACGUUGAAAGCAAUUCUAUUGCCUAUAUUUAACUGAGGGCAAUUUAUUGAUAGGAUGUAACUGAAUUCUCAUUUAUUGUGAACAAAAAAUCUAGUUUAUAAAUUAAUGCUUAAAGGUGCCAUGUGAACUUCUGGAAAUGUGAGACAUAAUGAUUAUCUCUGGAAGCAUUGAAGAGCAAGUUUGCACAAUUUCUUUAAAGUGGAAAAUACUUGCAAGGCAAUAGUGAAUCUUGGCCAAGAAUUCCACCUUCUUGAUUGUUUGGGGAAGAAUCUGCUAAGUGCUGCUGGGCAUCAUCUGUUUCAAUUUACUCUGUUCCAGAUUUCUGCACAAAUGAAUGGUAGUUUUGCACAGCAGGGCUUGGUGGAUUGUUUCUAAAUUGUCAAGGAUUAUUUACAAUUCUAAACAUGCUUCCCAGUUUAAUGUGUAUAUUAUAUUAAAGGGACACUAUCCAAUACAUUUUUAUCUGAAAUUUUAUAACUGUUAGAAAUUUCUAAGAAGGCUAUCUUUCCAGUUUUUGUAUUUUUUAAAGAAAUUAUGAAUAAUACUAUCUCAUCCUACUCCAUCCAACAUAUUUCCAGAUGUCACAUAAUGUAUCUCUACUCCUAAAUGUUGGCAUUUUAAAAAUUUAGAAUUGCUCUACUAACUCUGAAAGCCCACUUUGGUGCAUACACAGAUUUAUCACACUGGAGAACUCUAUAUUACUUGACUGUGUCCAGAUCUUUAUAAGAAAGGAGUCUUUAAUGGGAUACCAUGUACUUCUGUUAGUGAAAACACAGACAAAGCCAAUGGAGGUCAAUUAAAAAAAACCCAAUGCAUUUCAAUUAGCUGACAUUCUUUGAGAAAUUGGUUCAUUAACAUAACCACAGUGAGUUUGCCUUCAGGGAAAAACUAUAGAAAAGGAAAACAUUAAAUAAAAAUCACUUGCUGUAAGAUCCCAUUAUGCAACCUACAACUGUAUAAUUCAGACAUACCAAAAAUAAUAUUUUGAUAGAGCAAACAAUUUUCUUGGGAUAUCUGUUCUAAUGAUAGCCAUUGCUGAUCCCCAUGUACUUCCAAAUUAUAUAUUCAAGUCUACUGCUACAUUUUUCAAAACAUAUAAAACUGAAUCAUAUGCUUUGAUAUGUAAAGAGACUAGGAUAAGAAAUACAAGCAUAGGAAAAGUGACCUUGAUUUCAUCUUGGGUUUCAAUAGUGCUAUUAUGUUUUUCAAAGAGAGAAGGAAGGUCUGCAAUUCCAAUCUGGGCAUGUUAAUGCAAAGUACAUUAAUUCAAUGUGGAUGAGAGCAGACAUAGUGAAAAGGAAUCCUAAAUUCAUUGAAUUCAAAUACUGGCUUGUCAUUUAUGAUAUUUAGUGAAAUAUGCACAAUUUCCAUACAAAGACAUAAUAUGAAAAUUAUGAUAAAUUGCUUAAAAUCCAAAUUACCAACUGUCACAUUUGACAGCUAAUUUAUCACAAAAGAAACUAGAAUAAAUCUACCUGGUCCCAGCAAUUAUCAGUGUUAAAAAUAUACCGUAGUAACACAUGUCCGCACAAUAAUACCAAAGUCAGUUAUAAUAGGUUCCCCAAUCUUGUAGGAUUUUAUUUGAGUUCCAACAAACCACUUCCAUACAGAACUUAAAACAUGUAAAAGCACUCCAUCUGAAACAACACAAUAAUAUAGAUUAUUGGAACUGAAAUAGACUAACAGCAUUUUCCAUCUUACUUCAUUUAUCUGUGAGAAAAGUGCAUUCUGCUGAACAGCUUAUAUUUAUGGGUUUAUCUCAGUAUUCUGAGAUUCAGCUUCACUAAAAAUAUUAUUUUAAAAGCAGGCCCCAAAGUAUGAAUGUCUCUUUUUCCAACUCUUCUGGUCCGCAAAGUUUUGCAAGUACAAUAUCACUUUUGGUGGUGAAACGUGCUUUGCAUGUCACUGUUUUAAAGAUUCAGUAACAGUCAUACUGCAAUCCUAUAUUCAUUUAAUUAAUUGGAAGAAAUCCAUUGAAUUUAGUGAGCGGUUUGAGUAGGCACACAUGGCCCUGUGCUGUGAAUAUUAUUAUCACUUGAUGACUGUUGCAGAAAUGGAAAGCUUGGUCUGAAGCAAGCAAACAAAAUAGAAUGGCAGUGUUGAAAUUACAUGAGCUCCAUAAUUCCACUAUUUAUUACUGUAGUUGGAAUUGAUGGAAUAUUCCAUAAAAUGAAGCCAUAGUCAAUGUAAUAUAGUCACCUUUUAAGCCAGAAUACUGGGGAAUGACAUAUUUCUUGUUAAAUAUUUUUUGUGUUUUGUCCAUGUGCAAUUACUGCUUUUUUUUUUACUAUAAACUGACUUGCUCUGAAGCCUGAAAAAUGGUUUUCCAGUUGUUUCAAAGAUAAAUAAAAAUAAUAAAUUCUGAAUUCAGUUUUGCACUGAUCCAAUUUUCUUGCUUUAGAAUAUCACUAGGAUGCAAGUUGCACUUGGUCCACCUACUCUUGAUAAACCAAGCAUUCAGAAUGGGGAGGAGACAGCCAUAACCAAAUGUGCAAAAUACAAUUAACUUCUUAACAUCACUGAUGUUAUUUUGAUCCUCUCUCUCAUACAAGGCUACUUUCUGGAAGGAAUAAAGCAGUUAUUAAAUUCAACCAGUCAAUUUUAUUUAUUACAGCCUUAAACUAUUGAAAUAUCCCAGUUACUGGGGCUCAAACAUACUUCAUUUUCCAUUCUUUAGAUUUUGGUAGCUUUAUAUUUGGCUGAAUUAUGCUAGCGUGAGUUCAGAACUUAACCGGAAAGUUUGAGUUUGCUAACUACCCUUCUGCUAAAUGUAAUGUUUUUAGCUUAGUAACCUGACUGGUUAUUAAAAUCAAGAAGACUUAUUAUCGAUUUAGAUCAGUCUCUUUUUUUAACCCAGUCCCUUUGAGCAACAGAAAAUGUUUAAAGCCACAGGUUGUCUGAAAUGAAAUUUUGCUUUAAAUUAAUGAGAUCUGGAAUAAACUUGAAAGUCAUAGAGGGGGAAGCAAUGACUUGAUAAUAUUUUUGUGUACGGAGGGGGAGAGAGAGACAUUUGUGCUGUCUUGCAUGAUUGGACUCAGGUUCUUAGUAUGCUUUCAUUUUUUAAGACUUCAGGAUACCUGCUAUCCAAAUGAAACUGCCUGGUCAGAAAAAGAAGCAAUGAUGAUUAGUUAAGCAAUAACAGCAAGAUGUAAUUGUGUUUUUUAAAUCUGAUUGCAAUCCUAACCAGGUGUAAUUGACAGGUGUUUAGAAAGUAGAGUAAAUAUUUUGAAUUGCAUUUGAAAACCUCUCUGUAAAUGUAAAUGAUAAUCUUGGUGCUUCAAUGUGUGAAUUUCAGUACUUUAAUUUUAUUUUUUAUUAAAAGGGGUGGGUUCUCGUUAAAUGUUUCAUUGCAGAAAUGUGUUUAGUUAAAAUUCCAACUCUUUUCUAUUGCACCUAAUCCUUGUUUUUAUAUGAUUGGUCUCUUUUAAGGUUUAUCUUCAAUUCUAAAGUGCAUUAGAUUGCCUUUUACCAAAAAAGACUGGGGAAUUAUAUGGGAGCCUUACAUGUCUUGUAUCUGCUGAAGGAUGGUGGUUACUACAAGAAAGACUGCAAACAAAACUGUGCCUGUUUAUGUCUCUGAUUCUUUCAGCUAGAGGAUCCUAAUUCAAUUUAUUCCACUGCAAAAUGGUUGGGGAAAGGAUUUUCAGUGGCCCCUAAAAGAUAUGUUUGCAAUGCUGUUUUAAGUAUUGUUGUUUCUACUGUUCAUUUUGCUUGUUAUGCUCUAUUACUUUUAAACAACAUUUUGCUAUUUUUGAACUAUUGCUGUAUUUCUAAGAAACAUCUUAGGAAGAUGUCUUCUCACAACAUCAGCACUACUGGCAGUGAAUUCUUACACUCUUCUACCCGCCCUAAUUGAAAGACUGUCAGCCAAAAUACUCUUGGACUGCUUCAAGGCUGUUACGCACUUUUGUGACUUUAUGGCUGUUGAAAAUGAAUUGUCUUGCAAAUAUUUUGAUAAACAUGUGUACUCAAUGAAAAACAAAAUUUAACUGCCUCAGGAAAGCAAGUUGCAAUAGAUACCUGUCUCUUCUUUUUAAGUGGAAUAUAUUAUCUGUAUAUUUUAAAUAGCCAGAUUAUGUUUAGAAGCUAGAACUUU